AUGGCGGCUCCUGGCCCUGUGACUCCGGGGGCACCCUUUGAACCAUCACAGCCUCCAGUCAUUGAGGGCUUUAGCCCCAGUAUCUGUAGCACUCCAGAAAGCUUCAAGGAAAAAUUCCUUCGGAAGACCCGCGAGAACCCAAUGGUACCUAUAGGCUGCCUGGGCACGGCGGCCGCCCUAACCUACAGCCUCUACUGCUUCCACCGGGGUCAGAGCCACCGCUCGCAGCUUAUGAUGCACACCCGGAUCGCUGCCCAGGGCUUCACGGUCGCAGCCAUCUUGCUGAGUCUGGCUGCAUCUGCGAUUAAGUCUCGAUCCUGAGUCCGAGACCACCUGGCCUUGAAAGUCAUGCAGAGAUCACUCCCAGCCCCAAGAGCAACCACCGGUCCGGCCACCUGACUUAUUCCCCGGUCUCCCCUGACAAGCCCCUGUUUCAGCG